CCCACACCGCCAACAGCUGAUUUGGAUAAGUUUGUUUUCUUUUUUUUAGGGCCGCAUUUUCUUAUCUUUAAAUGAUUAGACGCACAAUGGCAGAAUUCGACGUAAAAGCAGGCCUGCAGCACGUGUUGAAGCGCAUCGAUGAGGUGCUCCUGCAGCGUCCCAAGGAAGUUCAAGCGGCAAAGCCUCUGCUCGUGGCUGUGAGUAAAACAAAGCCUGCGGAAGCCGUUAUCGAGGCGUAUGAAGCCGGACAAAGGGACUUUGGCGAGAACUAUGUUCAGGAGCUGGAGGAGAAGAGCCGGCAUCCGGACAUCCUGGCCAAGUGCCCCGACAUCAGGUGGCACUUCAUUGGCCACAUGCAGAGCAACAAGAUCAACAAGGUGCUGUCGGUUCCCAAUCUGCGUAUGAUUCAAACCGUAGACAGCGAAAAACUGGCCAACAAGUUGGAUGCAGCCUGGUCCAAGCAACAGCCAGCUCCAGAGUAUCCCCUACAGGUACUCAUCCAGAUCAAUACCAGCGGAGAAGAUGUAAAAAGCGGAAUCGAGGCCAAGGAUGCCCCUGCACUUUACCAGUACAUCAGGAACAACCUGAAGCACCUGCAGCUGCUGGGCAUCAUGACCAUUGGAGCCUUUGGCUUUGACUACAGCACUGGACCCAACCCGGAUUUUGUGUCGCUCAUGCAGGUGCACCGAUCAAUUUGCGAGGCGCACUCCCUGGCUGGCGACUCUGUACUCGUCUCCAUGGGCAUGUCCAAUGACUUCGACAAGGCGAUUGAAAUGGGCAGCACGGUGGUGCGCGUUGGCUCAUCUAUUUUCGGUCAUCGGGUGGCCAAGGCGUGAGGAGAUGGGGCAGGAAUGCGUUGUGGACGCCGAAUACAGUUGUUUCCCAAUGACGUCCAACCGACCGAUCGAACGACCGACCAACCUCCCGUUGUGUGAGCAGCCUCCAAGUUCGCCGUGUAUCAGGUGGAGAUUUGUUGUGUUGUGCACAUAGUAAAUCCGUAAAUGAUGAUUUGGCGUUUAAAUUUAGAAAAUCAUGAGAUAAACAAAUGUUAUGCGUAGUCUGUUAUUAUGUAUAUUCUCCUAUUGGAUUGUUAACCUCUCCAUAAACAAUGCUUCCAAAGUGUCAGAGACCCAUUAAUUAUUCCCAGAUACUUGCUGCACCUUGGAAAACGGAAUACUCUUACAUAUAUGCCGCAGUUUUUAUUAAUUUUAA